AAGGGGGCGCGGUCGUUCGUUGGAUCAUACCGCUACCCGCUGCGAAGUCACGCGAACGAGACCACUGCCCAACUCCUCCCGGCACCGACUACGACUGCGCACCACUUGAAAAAGAAAACUCAAACUGCAAAAAGUAUUCCAAUUCCGAAGAAAAUGCAGCCAAAAAGUUACUAAGUCUGCCGAGCCUUGCCAGUACGACACAGAUUUGGAGCACUCCGAGCGUCCCACAUGCAUCGCGCAGCACUCGCGGCAGCCAGGGAAGCGCUCGCGCCCGCGUUUUGGUUCGGCGGUUGGCUCCCCGCCCCCGGUGGGGGCGUCCUAGGUGUGCCAGAAAGUCCACAGCGGCCACGCUGGUGGUGCCUGGGCUGGGUCCGUGCCGCGAGGCGUUGGGGGUGCAUCCUCGUGGCCGCGCCGUCUGUAUAAGUUCUAUCUCCGUUAUCACCUCCGCUGGUGG